AUGGAGAAGAUUUGCUUCAGUUUUGCCUUAGUGUUGUCUUUCCUCCAUUUCAUUGCCUCCACGGAGAUAAGCAACAGCAAUUAUACGAUAGACCAAUCUGCACUGUUGGCCUUCAAAUCUUAUAUCACUUUGGAUCCUCAACACAUAUUGGCCAGCAAUUGGUCUACUAAAUCCUCUGUGUGCAAUUGGUUUGGGGUCACUUGUGAUACCAACUAUGGAAGGGUCACGAGCCUAACUCUAACAAGCAUGAAUUUAAGUGGUUCCCUUCCACCCCAAUUAGGAAACUUAACUUUUCUCGUUCAUCUUGAUCUUCGCAACAAUGAGUUUCAUGGGACUCUACCAAGAGAGUUGGCCUUGUUACCUAGAUUGAAGGUGGUCAACUUGUGCACUAACCAAUUUGGAGGUCAAUUCCCAACCUGGGUGGGGGAGUUAUCUAAACUCCACCAUUUGAGUCUUUGUAAUAACAGCUUUUCGGGUUCAAUUCCCAAAUCCCUAUCUAAGUUGUUGGAGUUGGAGACUUUGGAUUUGAGCUUUAAUUUCGUAGAUGGGAACAUUCCACCUGAGCUUGGAAGGCUUCAUAAUUUGACAGUUUUGGAUUUGGCACACAAUCAGCUAUCCGGUGACAUCCCUUCUUCAAUCUUCAACAUCUCCACGUUGCAAGAGCUUGAUUUCUCAUAUAAUUAUUUAUCAGGAAGCAUCCCUCAAGAAGUUGGUGACCUACGACAACUAAGAAGUAUAAAUGUGAGCAAAAAUAAACUUUAUGGUUCGAUACCAUCGUCCUUAUUCAAUGUGCCUACCCUUCAAGAGAUUCAAUUAUUUUAUAAUAACCUAUCUGGUUCUUUGCCAUCGGAUAUGUGUCAUGGACUUCCAAUGCUUGAAGAGCUUGACCUCUCUGGAAAUGCAAUUUAUAGUCAAAUUCCAUCAAGUUUGCAUCAAUGUAAAGAGCUCAAAUAUCUGAAGAUGAUCAGCAACAGAUUUUAUGGUCAUCUACCUAAUGAUAUCGGGAGAUUAUCUAUGCUUGAGGAGUUAGAUUUUAGUAACAACAAUCUAACAGGUACCAUACCUUUUGAGAUGGGUGACUAUUUAAGAAAACUUGAGAAAUUGCAUUUGCAAGGUAAUAGAUUAAGAGGAUCUAUUCCUACAAAUAUUUUCAACAUCUCAAGGUUGCAAAGCUUGUCAUUGUCAAAUAACCAACUCUCAGGAAAUCUUCCAAUUUAUGGGCAUCAUAGCCUAUCCAACCUCAAAUUUUUAUACGUGUCAGCCAAUAAUCUUAGUGGAGAAAUUCCAAAGAGCCUUUUCAAUGCUUCAAUGCUUCUUCAACUAGUGCUUGCCAACAAUUCAUUUUCGGGAGUUAUACCUGACUCAGUUGGGAAUUUAAGAAACCUCGAGUCCCUUUAUUUGAUAGGAAAUAAGUUGACUAGUGAUCCAGCUUCUCCAGAAAUGAGUUUUCUCACUUCAUUAACAAAGUGUAGACAAUUGAAGAAAAUUUUAUUGUCACUGAAUCCUCUUGAUGGGACACUUCCAAAUUCAAUCGGAAACCUAUCAAAUUCUCUUCAAAUUUUCGAUGCCUGGAGUUGUAAUAUUAAGGGUAGAAUUCCCUCGCAGAUUGGCAAUUUGAAGAACUUGUAUGACAUAAACUUGAAUGAGAACCAACUUAGUGGACAGCUUCCUAGUACAAUUGGUGCUUUGCUAUCGCUUCAACGUUUGGAUCUUUCAGACAACAAACUAAAUGGCUCAAUCCCAAGUCAAAUUUGUCAACUAAUAAAUUUGAAUGAGUUGCGUCUUAGCAAAAAUCAAAUUUUUGGGCUAGUGCCAGGAUGCAUGGGGAGUCUUGGUUCUUUAAGAAAUCUUUACCUGGACUCCAAUAACUUGAACUCUACAAUACCUCUUUCUCUUUGGAGCCUCACUGAUAUCUUGGAGGUGAAUUUAUCCUUUAAUAAUUUUGGUGGGUCUUUACCAAUUGAAAUAGAUGGGAUGAGUGCUGUGAUAAAACUUGAUAUAUCUAACAACCAUCUUUCAGGAAAGCUUCCUAGUGAAAUUGGUGGCAUGCAAAAGUUAAUGAACCUAUCAUUAGCUAAUAAUAUGUUACAAGGGCCAAUUCCUGAUUCAGUUGGGAAUAUGCUAAGCUUGGAAGUUUUGGACCUUUCCCACAAUCUUUUAUCAGGCAACAUCCCCAAAUCAAUGGAGAAGCUUCUUUAUCUCAAAUUUAUCAACUUGUCUUAUAAUAGACUACAAGGUGAAAUUCCUUCUGGUGGUAGACUUGUAAAUUUCACAUCUCAAUCAUUCAUGAUGAAUGGUGCACUUUGUGGGAGACCUGAACUAAAAGUGCAACCAUGUCCUAGUAAUGGGGUUAGACAUAAUAGUAAAGGCAAAAAGCUUGUACUGAAAUUGAUUAUACCCAUAGUUGCAUCAAGCAUUUUCAUUGGUUGCAUAAUUUUUCUUAUACACAGAAGAGCGUACAAUGAAGGAUCAACAAAUAUGGAUUUACCGAUAUUUCAAUUUCAAAAUCGAAUUUCGUACUAUGAACUUGUGGAGGCAACACAAAAAUUUCAUGAGAGCAAUCUUCUUGGAAGAGGGAGUUUUGGUUCUGUGUACAAAGGUGAACUUUCUAAUGGAGGGGUGAUUGCAAUUAAAGUAUUCAAUUUGGAUGUGCAAGAAGCAUCAAGGAGUUUUUAUGUAGAAUGUGAAGCAAUGCGCAAUCUUCGUCAUCGUAAUCUAGUCAAAGUCAUUACUAGUUGUUCUAAUACUGUUGAUUUCAAAGCCCUGGUAAUGGAAUUUGUGCCAAAUGGGAACCUAGAGAAAUGGUUAUAUUCUCAUAGCAACUCCCUAGGUUUCAUAGAGAGGUUGGAUAUAGCAAUUGAUGUUGCAUCUGCCUUAGAGUAUCUCCAUCAUGGUAACUCAAAACCUGUGGUACAUUGCGACUUAAAGCCAAGCAAUGUCUUGCUGGAUGAAAAUAUGGUCGCUCAUGUUUGUGACUUUGGCAUUGCUAAACUCUUGGAAGAAGGACAAUCUCAAUUACACACCAACACUUUAGCAACACUUGGUUAUAUUGCACCAGAAUAUGGAACUGAAGGUGUUGUGUCUGUUAAAGGAGAUGUAUAUAGUUAUGGCAUUAUGUUGACGGAAGUAUUUACAAGAAAGAAGCCAACUGAUGAAAUGUUUGAAGAGGGACUAAGCUUAAGGUCAUGGAUUCAAGAAUCAAUGCCACAUGGGAUCACUCAGGUAGCAGACCCUAAUUUGUUAGAAGGAGAUGAACAAUUUAACUAUGCCAAAGAAACAACUUUAGUAAACAUCAUGCAGUUGGCUUUGAGUUGCUCUGUAGACUCCCCUGAAGAUAGAAUGAGUAUGUUGGAAGUCUUAGGUCGCUUAAACAAAAUCAAAACAAUAUUGCUGCAAAUGAUAAAUUCCAAUUAA